GGCCGCAGAUUGGUCGAGCCUGUGGGCGCGGCGGGCAGAAGGCGGAAGCGCGCUCUUUCAAAGUCGCCGCUCCGGCGUCGCGCGCGCGCGCGGCCACUUCCGGCGUAGCCAUGGCGGCUAACGCUACCACCAACCCGUCGCAGCUGCUGCCUCUAGAGCUUGUGGACAAAUGCAUAGGAUCAAGAAUUCACAUCGUCAUGAAGAGUGAUAAGGAAAUCGUCGGGACGCUUCUAGGAUUUGACGACUUCGUCAACAUGGUACUGGAGGAUGUCACUGAAUUUGAAAUCACACCAGAAGGAAGAAGAAUAACUAAGUUAGAUCAGAUUUUGCUAAAUGGAAAUAAUAUAACAAUGCUGGUCCCUGGAGGAGAAGGACCUGAAGUCUGAAUGGAUUUCCUGGACUUACACUGUCACAGACUUAGAUUCUGUUUUUUUUCAUACUGAUAAGAAGCUAGAAUUUUUUUUUAACCUUUUAAUAUUUGAAUUCUGUGAAGCUAAGUUUCCCGUUGAAGGGAAACACUUUGAAAAUGCAUUGUAAAUGUACACUUUUGUAAGCUGAUCAUGACUAUCUUGGGAACAGAACAUUUUGUUCUUUCUAUGCUAAAAUAAAAGUUGGUUUUGGUUAAUAGUCAUGCGACUUGCUAUACUGCAAUAGCCAAUGGAACAAAAAUUCUAAUUUUGUCAUUUGCCUUCCUAUCAUUCUAUGCUAUUUGCUUCCUCAUCUGCACGAUCACUCGAUUCUCAAAAACUGUUCCUAAGAAAAUGAUGCUUUGGGAGUCAGGCGGUAGUGCAGUGGGUUAAGCGCAUGUGUCGCAAAGUGCAAGGACCUGUGUAAGGAUCCCGGUUCGAGCCCCCGGCUCCCCACCUGCAGGGGAGUCACUUCACAGGUGGUGAAGCAGGUCUGCAGGUGUCUGUCUUUCUCCCCCCCCAUCUGUCUUCCUCUCUCCUCUCCAUUUCUCUUUGUCCUAUUCAACAACAACGACAUCAAUAACUGCAACAAAGGCAACAAAAGGGAAUAAAUAAAUAUUAAAAAAAAAGAAAAUGAUGCUUAAUUUUGUACAGGUGCAUUUAAAAGACUUGAAAUGGUUAUAUAUAAAAGUGAAUUAAGGUUCUUACGUUUUGUAAUGAGGAUUUUUCUACUGAACUCAAGUUCCAUUAGCUCUUUAAAAAAACAGCACAGAAUAUAGGCAACGUAUGUAUACUGUAGAACUGGGGGAAAGAAGAUAUUAAUCACUGUUGUGUAUCUUUCUGGACUUGUUCAGAACAUUCUCAGUACAUGUUUUAUUUUAAUUAAAACUUAUUCACCCCAAGUA